UUUUUUUUUUUUUGAGGGAUUCAAUUACUACUAGUUAUCAUCAUCAUAAAUUAGGGUUUCAAAAUCUUGACUCUCCACUUCUCAUUUGUUGUAAGCUAUAUUUUCGAAUAUAAAGUAACAAUUUUAUCCAUUUUUCAUCAACUACACUGUGAUAAACUUGAAUUUUGGGUUUAUUUUACCUAAAAAUGGUAAACAUUUUCCCUCAUGGAAAAGUCCACCAGAGCGCAAAUUUACCAAAAUGCCCUUGAAAAUACAUUUGCUCGUCUACAUCGAGUAUAUAUGUACAAUGUACUCCCCUAUGGAAAUGUAUUUUCUAAGCACCAUUUGAAAGCAAUUUAGCAUAAAACAAAGGACAAAGGUGGUUAUUUAAGUACAGUGUGGUUGUCGACUUGUCGUAAGCAUCAUCUCUCCUCCAUGCUCGCCGUCGCCGGCGGCUGACGCUUUUCUCUCUCUUCAAUCGUCUUUUCUUUCCGCAUUUCUCAAGGUUUAUACUAGGGGGCCUCAAGCAGACCGUAGCGGUUCUCUCGAACCAACCUUCCGUCCGGGUGUUAGAGAGCAAUCAUAGGGAAAUGGGUUCAAUAGUUGCUGAUAAGAGGGCAUUGGAAAACGGGGAUUGUUCUUUGCUAGUCUCCCCACCAAGAUAUACACGGCGGAAAGUCUCUGCAAUCCGUGAUUUUCCUGGUGGAUGUGGGCCAAAUGCUGCAGGAAUUAGCCCACAAUUGAAGGAAGUGGGAAGUAUUGGGAAAAAAGAGUGUGGUGCUUUAAUAAAUGUAGAUUUUAGUAGGGAAAAGGGUAGCGAUGUUUGUGCAGUGAUGGAAAAAUUACUUCCGGAAGAAAAAGUUGAGUCACAAAGUCAUGAUGCUCCAUCAUGCUCAAAUGGGAAUGAGCAAAAGAAACCUAAAUUGAAUAAAUGCGAUGAGGUAGAACAGGAAAAUGAAGAGAAUUUGAAGCUGCCAGAGGACAAUCCUAAAUCAUUUGAAGUCUUGUCAAACAUUGAUGAGGAUUCUAAGUCAGAAAAUGAAAUUCGUGAUACGUUAAAUGAGUUAAUUGAACCAAUUGUAGAGUCGCCCAGUGCAAGAAAGGAUACUGGCAAUCUUGAUCUUGCUGUUGAUGACAUAGCUUUGGAUAAGGGAGCUAGUGUACAACAUUGUUCACUACCACAUUAUCCUGUCCCUCCAAAUCUUGUUUGGAAAGAACCUAAAUAUCCUCCUCGAAGAAAAGUUUCUGCUGUUCGUGAUUUCCCUGUUGGCUGUGGGCAUAUUGUGCCAAAGCUAUGUGAUACUAAAGACCAACAUAUUGAUCAAAGGGAGCCAGAUUCCAAAAUGGAGAAAGCUAUUGUACUAUAUAAUGCAAAUCUAGUUGGAGUAGAGCAUGAAGCUGACAAUGUUGUCAAGGACAAGGAACAAGGUCUUGCUACUGUAAAAGGUGGGGAUACACUUGUACUUAAUUGUGAUUCUGAUAGAACUCCUUUGUUCAGAAAAUCUUAUGACACAAGGGGACAAGAGGAAAUUUCUGAAGAUAAAAAUGGUGAGAAAAUUGAAAAAGAGAUUGAACUAUCAGAAUUUUAUGGAAAAUGUGAGGGAGAUACAAGAAAUUUACCUGAUGGACUAGACAAAGAGAUAAUGGUUUAUGUUAAGGAUAAAAACAAGAAGAAAAAAUCAAUUGGUGCUCCCUGUAAAAUUGUAGGCGCAGGAAGUGGGUCAGAGCUGGUUAUCGUACAAGGUCUUAUGGCUGCAGACCACUGCCCAUGGAGGGUGGGGAAAGGAGCAGUUAAAUCAACACCAACUGUGGCUAAGAGAAAAAAAGGGAAGUGUGACUUUUCUAGCCAGGGUACACGCAAGGGAUCACCCAAUGAAAACAAAUUGGAUAGCAAGGUCUUGGCAGGAAGAGGUAUGAUGGUGAUACCUUAUCACGAGGAGGGCAUAGAUGAGAUUUCUAGGCCACUGGAUGUCAUAAAUGAUAGCGACUCUUCUGAGAAUGAUGAACUUGACGAUUAUCAGCUGCUUCCAAGAGAUGAUGUAGAUGUCUAUCUCACCCCUCGUGUUUCUAGCUCUUCAAGUGAGAGAGGUAUGCGUGCUAAGGUACGUGAUACAUUGCGCUUAUUCCAGAUUGUUCAUAGAAGGUAUUUGCAAGCAGAAGAAACCAAAUCGAAAGAUCAAGAUAACGCCAGUAAGAGGGCUGAUAUACGUGCUGCAAAGACGCUCAAGGAGGCUGGAAGAUAUCUUAACACAGUGAAAGGAAUAGGGCCUGUUCCUGGAGUAGAAGUAGGUGAUAUAUUUAACUAUCGCAUAGAACUCGCUAUAAUUGGGCUUCAUACACCCCUGCAAGGUGGUAUAGAUAUAAUCAAGGUCAAUAAACAACCGAUUGCGAUCAGUAUUGUGGCUUCUGGAGGUUAUGCUAAUGAUGUGGAUAAUCCCCAUGUACUGAUUUAUACUGGUCAGGGAGGAAACGCUACUGGUGGAGAUAAGCAGCCUGAAGAUCAGAAACUUGAACGAGGAAAUUUAGGGCUGAAGAAUUGCAUAGAUAAAAAGACUCUGGUUAGGGUUAUUCGUGGUUUUAAAGAGACAAAGGCUGUGGAGAGUUCUGAUGGAAGACCCAAUAAUGGAAGAUCAAAAACAAUUGCAACGUACACUUAUGAUGGACUAUACACUGUUGAAAAAUACUGGCACGAUCUUGGGUCCCAUGGAAAGUUGGUCUUCAAAUUCGAGCUGAGAAGGGUUCCAGGUCAGCCAGAGCUUGCUUGGAAGGAAAUGAAACAGUCCAAGAAAUUUAAAGAACGUGAGGGUCGUUGUAUAGCUGAUAUUUCUGAUGGAAAAGAGGAUGUCCCAAUAGGUGCAGUCAAUACCAUUGAUGAUGAGAAACCGCCACCAUUUACAUAUAUUACAAGCAUGAUGUACCCUGAUUGGUGCCGGCCUAUACCCCCUAAGGGCUGUGAUUGUAAGAAUGGAUGUUCAGAUUCUGAGCAUUGUGCUUGUGCCUUUAAGAAUGGAGGGGACAUACCAUACAAUUACAGUGGAGCUAUUGUUCAAGCCAAGUCCCUUGUAUAUGAAUGUGGGCCGUUGUGCAAGUGCCCUCCAUCUUGUCACAAUAGAGUCAGCCAACAUGGUAUCAAACUUCCUCUUGAGAUCUUCAAGACCAACUCUAGGGGGUGGGGUGUAAGAUGUCUAUCUGCAAUUCCGUCAGGUAGCUUCAUAUGUGAAUAUAUAGGGGAAUUGCUGGAUGACAAGGAAGCUGACCAAAGAACUAGCAAUGAUGAAUAUCUAUUUGAUAUUGGGCAAAAUUAUAAUGAUUCUACUCUUUGGGAAGGACUUUCAGAUCUCUUGCCUGAUAAGCCAUCAAUUAGUGUUGAUGUGAUAGAAAAUGUCGGUUUUACCAUUGAUGCGGUGAGUUAUGGGAACGUUGGGAGGUUUAUCAAUCAUAGUUGUACUCCUAACCUAUAUGCACAGAAUGUCCUUUACGACCACGAGGACAAGAGAAUUCCCCACAUAAUGUUGUUUGCAGCAGAAAACAUUCCUCCUCUACAAGAGCUUGCUUAUCAUUACAAUUAUAUUAUAGAUCAGGUUUUGGACUCCAAGGGAAAUAUUAAGAAAAAGAGUUGCUAUUGUGGCUCAAUGGAGUGCAGUGGUCGGAUGUAUUGAUGAGCUCCUUCAACUUGCCUCGACACUGUAAAAACUGAGCAUAUAGACUCCGAUUGUCGACGUUGGAUCCCUGUUAGGCUGCAAUUUUCAGUCAUAGCAGCGUUGUCAUAGGUUUUUGUGUUUUUCUUUUAGAGCAGCAAGAACAAAGAAUUACUCUUGUUUUACUUGUUGCUGAAAGAAACAGAAUUUAGCUUCUUCCUAGGGCUGUUAACUUCUUUUAGAUUCAAUUUACGCUGUUCUCUGUGUACUGCUGUAGUUUUUCACUACACUUGCAAUUUUGUAAAUUUACUGAUACAUGAUCAGCUUUAGGAGAAAAACACACACACAAUUCCUGGUGCGGUAUGGCUAAGUUGCUAACAUCAGUCAAGCUAUAAUCAAAGGUGUAUGCAACUGCAGAUGCCAAUUAGUAAUUUCACUAGUUGGGAACCAAGUCCGAUUAACAAAUCCAAGGCAGUUGGGUGUGUUAAGCAGUUAUCCGCAGAGAAGUGCAGAUAGCUCAGUGUGAGGCAGAAUGUACACGAGCUAGGCAGAAGCAUAAGUGACACUUCUUGGAAUCCAAGACUAUGCUGGACAAGCCACAACAUAACAUUGAAAGUCUGGAAUUGAGGACAAAGUCAGCAGUGCUUCUGUGUAGGGUAUAUACUGAGCAAAUGUGUUAAAAUAGUCUCGAAUACAAAUUUCUUUAAGCAUGCAUGUUUUGUUUGUCAGUGUGUGAUUUCAUACAUCAAUAUUUUCAUUGGAAGAUUAGGAGAUGUUGAAGACAUCAUCAAGUAGAGUAAUAUCAUAGAUGUUGAAGAUAAAAGUUAUGACUAACAUCAAUGUGUGUUAUGAAGGAGUAUUCUACAUUUUUUUUUUUUUUUUUUUUUUUUGGUGAUAUUAUAUUUCUUAAUUCAUAAUUUUCAUUUUCAUCUGAAGUAAAAAAAGCAUACUUACCAAAUAAAUUAUAUUCAUUUAUGUAUUCUUUUGUUAAUUUUUUGUAUUCAUUUAUUUAUUCUUUUGUUAAUUUUUCGUAUUCAUUUUGUAUUCUUUUGUUAAUUUUUCAUGCAUGCAUCUAUUACAGGAAUUAUUAUGAUAAGGCUCGUGAAUUAGUAAAAUUAUUAAAAUAGCAAUCUGUGUCAGCUUUGUUAUCAUUGGCAAUUUAAAAAAAAAUAGGCAAACUGUUGCAGAGUUAUUGAAUGAAUGAAUGGAGCUGAAAUGAACCAAAUCAUAUAAAAUAGCAAAAUUGAAUACAAAUCAUUGAUUAUAGAGUAAAUAAUAAUAGGAAAUUCAACUGCUUAUUAUUUCUCCAAAACUAAAUAGAUAGAAACUAACAUUCAUUAAAUAUAUGAAUACUAAUACGUAGUAUAUAAAAACUCCAUGAUAACCUAAUCUAGAAAAUCAAAACAUAUUAUUCCUUCUAACAUAUUUCCUAGUAAUAAUAUGCUAAUCACCUAAAAUAAAUCAUAAUAGCAAACUUCUUCCUAGACGACCAAGUGCUAAAUCUUCUGUUUCAUGGCGAAUUGCCACCCUUGGCGGAGGUAGAUGGAGGUUUCGGGGCAGGGGGUCCAGGGACAAAUGGUUGAGGAAGCCCGGGAAAUGAACUUGGUGGUGGGUCAUUCUUCGGGUCAGGAGGAAAAAAUGGAUCAUUAGGCGGGUUUGGAACGUAAGGGAUAACGGGUUUAAGGAGACCCUUUAUCACUCCGGGUACAAACGGGUUAUCAUAAAAUCCAAAGGCAUCUUGUGGUUUGACAUCAUUGUUAUUGUUUUCUAAUGGUCUUGCAUUAGAAAAUCCUAGUAUGCAUGAAGCAAUAAUAAGAAAAACACAAAGAGUUUUCAUUUUUAUUUUCUCUUAAAAUGUAAAAGGUUUUAAUGAGA